UGGAUUCACUCGUUCUUAUGUGUGUAAAUAAGGCUGAAAUUAGUGGUGAUAGGAAGUUAAUUGAUAAAAUGUCUGAGUGUAAAGCUAUUACAUUCAGUAUUGUUGGAGUUGAUUUCCUCUGGCAACUCAUAGUGGAUAGAGUAUUCGAUCGUGGGAAAGAAAUUCAACUUCUGGGAAGGUAUUCUAAAUUUUCUGUGGGUUUCAAAUUGUGGGAUAGACACUAUAGGAGACUUGUUCAUGAGAUGAUUAGCAAAUACGGUUAUCAACCAGAUGUGUUGUUUAGUGUAACAAUUACUUGUCUGUUAAUUACUGGUGGAUUUACUGAUCCUGCUUUGGUGUUAUUUCGUAUAAUUAUUGAGAGUAGCUAUGAAAACCUUGCAAUCUCAAAGGAUUUAAACGUUCUCGACAGAAAAUUGAAUCAUAAGAACUGUGUUACUCUUUUUUCUAUUUCUGCUCGUUCAUUAUUCGACCGAGGAAGAGAGAUUGAGCUCGGUUUAAGAACUUCUUAUCUUACUAAAUGUGCUGAAAUUAUAUAUCAAACUGACGUAUGCUUGAAUUUGUGGGCUGGAUACUAUAGAUUUUCUGUUCCAGCAGAGUUGAUUCAUGAACAGGGUUACUGUUCAGACUCAGGGUAUAGUGGUGUUUGCUUCUCUCUUUACCUUGUUUACACUCGUUCCAUAUUUGAUCGCGAAAAGGGUUUUGAUAGAUCGAUUUUUACGAAUCAUUACAAUGGAAAAUUUAAUUAUAUACUGGCUCUUAAUCAUGGGCAUGGAUUAGAAUUGUUGUAUGCGACUUCGACUGUGCCUGGAAUUAUUAGUGAUAGUGCUACUUGUUAUGACAGUACAGUGUGUAUAGAAAUAUUUCAAAGGAUUUGGAUAACCAAGAUUCUGUGGAAGGGAGUGGUUGAAACUGCGCAGGCUUAUCACCUAUUUAGUACAAUGUCUCAACGGAGUACUGUAUACUGUACUUCUGGGGUAACUCAAGUCAUAAAGCGGUGCGCGGCUGAUAAGACACAAGUAUGGUUUGGUAAAACGCAUGGUACUAUUCUAUGGAGUUGUUGUGUAAGUGCAGAUUUCUUAUGUUUGCAGCUCACAGAUAGGUUACCUACAGGUGUUAAUCGCCUCCAUGUUCAAUCAAUGAAGCUUCUUCUUAACGCAAAAGAGAAAUAUGAUGUCUUGACAUUCUUGUGAUGAGUUUAGCAGGUAACAUUAGAUUUCUUUCACUCAAUACGGCAGUUACAGUCUAUCAUGGUGUUUGUAGAGUGCAAACUCAAGCUUCUCCUUCUCAUGUGUUGCUGCCUUGGGAUGCUUGUGGAAAUUGUUUUGCUCGCCUGCUUAUGAGAGCUCAUACUCCAGCUGUUACUGUGUCUAUACACUGGUUUCAUAUCUUGAAUUUAAAUGAUGACUUUGUGGAUUUCCCUGUUUCUUCUCUUGUGAAACCGGUGUGUGGCUCUGAAUUCUCGUGGGUGGUGUAUCAACCAAUGAUGGUUUCUACCAAGUUGGAGUUCUUUGCAACGAUGAGUGGCAUCAAGGUCUUUCUUGUGGUGUCUCAGUUUCUACAUGUGUUGCUCCGGGUCGCUGCUGCGGCAACUACUCUGUUUGUUCACCUGCCUGUUGUGCUGGCACAGGACAGUCACUGGACAAUAUUCCUCUUCGUUACAGUACAUUCUAAUGCUCCAUUAUAUUGUGUACUGAUGAGUAUUCUUAAGGAUGGUUGGGAUUUAACUGGGUCACCAAGUACCCUUGUCACCGCGACUUAUGUUUUCAAAUUCUUCACAGUAUUCAAGAAUGCAGUAAUGAGAUAUAUUGAGUUCCUCGAGCUGUUGAAGGUUACCGUAUGGGUUUCAGUCAAGAAAUCUAUUCGUGGUCAAUUCCUGGGGGCUCCAGAGUUCAAGCAACUUCAAAAAGGGGUAAUACGCACUGUACUGGUUCGGAGUGGAGCUACCUGGAGGAUUGAUGAUAUAUUGCAUCGAUGAUGUACACAUCGGCAAUCUGGGUUAUUGGACAUGUGGUUUCCUAUUCAUACCUCAGCAGCCAAGAGUGAUGCUUCAAGUGGUGUUUUUAUUAGUGCUUACCAAGCUGUGCAAAUGAUGUCAGGUCUACUGCUUGAUUGUAAGGCAGAAUGUAAGACCAGCUGUACACCUUCCACUUUCCACCUUUCACAUAGAUGGUCAGAUUAUUACUAGGGUUGAUGUAAUAGUUCGGGACAUUACAAGGCAUUUACUAAGCAUCACGACUGUAGUUGCAAUAAAUCCUAUACUA